ACCGCGCGCUACUUCCAAACGUUUGCUGGUGCCGUGUUUAGUACGGACUGGUUCACUGCGUGUGGUUGUUGCUCGAAGCUUUGAUUCCGAAUUCAUCCCCUCACACUAUCGGAGAUGCCACAGAAGAGACCAUCAUCUAAACGACAGCCCAAGAAAUCAGUAGAGAGAAUUUGUCAUCAACUUAGCAGUUGCGAAUUGGAUUCUUCUGGUACUUCGUCCACUUCUUCUGGCAGCCGAGGAUCAGUAAGCCGCACAAGUCGUGACCCUGAGAGCUUAUCUGAGAGCGAAUUAAGAAGCGUCAGUUCAUAUUCCUCUGAUACGGAAUUGUGCCCUUUGUCUGAAGAGGACAGGACCAAGGGUUGUGGGGAUUCUUCUGCCUCUGGAAGCACGCGCAGCAGCUUCAGCGAUCUGACCAGCAGAAGCAGCAGUAGCAGCAGUAGCAACAGCUCUGGUUGGCUCUUAUCCAAUUACAGGAGCAGUAGUUCUGCUUCAGAUAGCAGAAGCCAUGGCUCUUCUAAACCGGAAUCAUGGGUUUCCUCAGUAACAUCUUCUUCAGAAAGUGAAAUGGACACGUUUUCUGCUACAUAUUUUGUAGAUUCUGAGUCAUCUUCAGAUGAAUUUGUUGAUCCCUGGGUCAGACAUGGUAUGAUGAGACCACUCAAUGAAAUGCGAGUAUCUGAAUAUUACAAAUUUGAAUACCAGCGAUGUCAACGGAAAUGAAUUUUGUCAUCCUGUACCACACUAUAAAGCUCACAAAAUGAAAAUAGAUAUGCCAGAUUAAUCUGCUAUAUUCAUAAUUAUUUCUAAUAGCUGAUGAAAUGGUUAUACAUCUA